GUCGGCGAGCGGAGUUCCGCCUCGCUCGCGCGAGUUCGUAACUCGCGGCUGUUUCUGUACUUCGCGGCGACGUCCGGCCUCUUGGAGAGGUCACGAACAUCGGCGUCCGGAGGGGGAACUCGGGACUUUCGGGAAAACCUAAAGGGAGCGACCGUCGCUGACUUGCGGGGUGUUUAGGGGGGGGGAGCAGAGACGAGGACCGGGCUGCGAGGGGGAAAAAGCACGUUUACUCCAAAAUGGCAACCCCCUAUGUAACGGAUGAGUCUGGGAAAUAUAUUGCGGCCACGCAGCGACCUGAUGGGACCUGGAGGAAGCCGCGGCGGGUCAAGGAUGGUUAUGUCCCGCAGGAAGAAGUCCCCGUGUAUGAAAACAAGUUUGUGAAGUUUUUCAAAAGCAAGCCGGACCUCCCCCCCGGCAUGAACCCGGCCGACGCGGCACAGCCAAAGCAACAGCAGAAGAUCCCCGGCUGUGCGGACAACGAGAUGGCGGGACUCUCCAAGACGGCCAAGCGCAACCUGAAGCGUAAAGAAAAACGGAAGCAGCAGCAGCAGGGCCAGGAUGGCGACGCGGACGUGGACUCGGCGAGAGACGCCGUUGAGAACUUGUCGGUGUCGGAGGGCGGCGAGUCUUCGGACAAUACGGCGGCACCCGUCGACACCGCGGUUCCGGACGAGCCCGUGGCGGCGGCGUCCGAAAGGGCCAAGAAGAUCAAAAACCUCAGAAAGAAGCUGCGACACGUGGAGGAGCUGCAGCAAAAGAUGGACUCUGGAGAAAUCCAGCAGCUGACGAAGGAUCAGCUGGAUAAGCUUGGCCGGGCCGAGGCGUUGCAGGAGGAGUUACAGAAGCUGGAGGGCGAGUCUUGAAACCGGCCCGCUCCGAAGGCGGCUGACCAACUGGACAAAAUGAAGUAUUGAAAAGGCCAGAGACCUUUUGCAGCUUUGAGAACUUUUACUUCCCCUUGACUAUAUUUCUGCUGAUUGCUGUUCAACACAAACUGUGGCUUCGGGAGCGAACGCGGUCCCGGCGCGUCUCAAGGCGACGUUGACGGGAUAUGUACGUAGCUGGCGCGACAUCUCCAGAGCUGACAAACUGUCCUGUCUGUUCUCUCGGUCACAAAAUGUGUAAAUAUUUUAAGAACCCCGCUCACUUGUAUUGGUGUUAGACCGCGCCUUCACAAUUGUGUUAAACUGAAAAGCUGUGCAUGUAUUUUAUUUCUUUUUUCUCUUUUUUCCACAGCCUUUUGUCUUGUCAGAUAUUAGCUAGACGUAGAAGCGGCGAGCACAGAGACCCUCCGUCAUCGACCUGUGUGGUUUCGAAAUCAUUCGUCGAUGGCUGGACGGGUCUAUUGAAUGCACACUAAUGCCGAGGCGUCCUCCUACUCGGUUGUAUCGCUUAAAGGUCCAUGCUACUGAAAAGUAUUAUCUCCCAUGUGUCAGUGUGUUUAACAUGUACUCUCGCUCAGCACCACGAGGAGGACUCCCCCCCCCCCCACCCCCCGUGGUGGUUAAUUGGUCUCGAAACCCGCGUGCGCACAGAACAGUACUCGCGAGCGGAAAAGCGUCCUCGUGCGUGCGCAGAGCAAGACGCUCGAUCCUCAGGUUGACGUCUGAGACUCCUUUGAUUGGCCUCUAUGAAUACCGGCCAUGACCUUCGACCGGCUGUUGGGUUUGAUCGCCGACACGGUCGAAGAACAACCAUUUUCGUGAGGCCGUCAUGACGGAGCAAGCGAGUCUGACACUAAGUUCACAUCUUUCAGAGGUCACAUUUUAAUGUUGGAAGGGAUUGAAACGGACGAUCCGCCGUGGCGACCCCUAGCGGGAGCAGCCGUCAAUAGCGGUGGUAGGAAUAGCAGUAGUAUUAUACACUGGAGGCCCUCGCUGAUGCGACCCGCAUCUGAUUGGGCGGUACGGUGGCCCAGUGGUUAGCGCUGUCGCCUCACAGCAGGAAGGUCCUGGGUUCGAACCCCGGGGUUGUCCAACCUUGGGGGGGGGGGGUGGUCA